AUGAUGGCGCUGGCCGCGAUCUUGGCCGUCGGGACGAGUCUCGGCGCCGGCCUCCGUGUGCUCUGCCUCCCCGACGACGAUGCCCGCUACGACUUGACGACGGCCACGAAGCGCGAGCGGCAGCUAAAGCCGGCGAGCUGCUCGGUGUGCUCGGCGUCAAUCGACCCGACGCUCGUCGCACUCUCGUCCGGGCUCUGCGUCCCAUGCAGCUACAAGUCGAUCCCGAUGCUCGACGACGAUACGACCGAGCAAGGCGAGUACUCGGACCCGGGCGGGAUGGAUAUCGACCUCGCCGACAUUGUCGACCCGGCGUGCGAUGCGGCGGACGAGGCCAUGGCGCUGCUCCAAGACGUGCUCGACGUCUCGGAGCGCGUGCCAGGCGCCGACGUGGACAUCCUCCAGACCAGCGUCCGCGACCUGUUGCGCUUGAUUGAAUCUGACCACCGCGCCGUCGUCGGGACGCUCCACGACAUUUCGCAGGCGCUGGCGUCGCUCGCCGAAAGCGUCCCAAUCGAGUGGCAAGAUUAUGUCGAGAUGCUCGAGAUGAAGUUUGACGCGCUCGAACACCGGUGUCAAGCGACAGCAAUGGCCGUCGGUGGCUUUGUCUUGGCCGGUACGCUCCAUCACCUCGUGGCCCAUGCCAAACGGUAUGGCCUCGAGAGCCACCGGUGCGCCAUGAUCAUGAACGACCUCGAAAUCAUCGCCGAAACCAUCGAAGAGGCGCCGAGCGAGCUCGUGCAUGGCCUCGACUACUUUGCCAAGACAUUGGAUGCGCUGCACGAGUACGAAGCCGAGCUUACAGACGCCGGACAGUGGCCCAGUGUCCUCGAGUGUACGGACGCGCUCGAGUCCCUUACGCUCGACGUCGGCAUCCUCUACGGCGACUGGCCCGCGUGA